AUGGCUGAGACGACGUUGCUUCAACUACUCAAACUCCACCAGGACGAUGACGGCCUAGACGACGUCAUUGAAGAAGUAGAUUUUUCUCAUCAUCAAACCCAUCCCCACCGCCAUCAUCUCGAUCCCUACUGGUCUUCCGAUUUCGAUGCUAUUGGGUUUCUCGAAGAGCCCACUUCGGCAAAUGUGGAAAAUUCAGGGUUCGUAGCUGAAAAUUUUGAGGGUGGGGACCAUUUUGUAACCGGGUUGCGAGUCGUGGAUAUCGGGUCGAAAUCGGAUUCUGAUAUAAACCAUGAUGUUGAGAUUGAUUUUAGUGCUGACGAUGAUGAUAUAAGUGAGGGUGAUGAUGAUCCAAGCCUUAGGCUCUGUUGGGAUUCUUUUCAGAUUGAGGAUCAUAGAGAAGUUAAUGAGGAUUUUGAGUGGGAGGAAGUGGAUGAAGGAGUUGAUGAGAGAAAGGUUCUGAGCAUGUUUCUGGAUGAUGAUGACAUGCCGGUGAUGGCCCGGGAGGAGAGUGCAGAUGUAUCUAGGAAUUUGGACUGGGAGGUUUUGUUAGAUGUGCAGAAUUUGGAAGCAAUCCCCGAGAAUGUGACAGAGACGGCCAUGGGAUUGCGUGGGGGUUGCGCAGGGAAGAGUAAGGGAGGUGAGGGAAAUCAAAUAGAAAGGUGGACUAUGUGUGCCCUUUUUGCUUAG